AAAUAUUCACUCAAUUAAAAAGAAGAAGCGAGGUUAUGAGCGUUUUUGAAAGUUAAAAACCAACAAUUUUCAAAAAAUCUGCAAACACGAUCACAUUCGUUUAAAGCGCCAUACACCAGCAUGUCUUAUUGUCGAAAAUUCGGACCCAACAACAAAGAUACCGUCAUAUUCGCCACCAAAGAGGACCAUUCGACUACGAGCAAUGUGAAACUGCCCGAACGCGAGCAACAGCCCGGCCUGAUCAUGCCCAACGGGGACAUCAAUUGGAAUUGCCCGUGUUUGGGCGGCAUGGCGACGGGCCCGUGCGGCGUCGAAUUCCGAAACGCCUUUAGUUGUUUCCACUAUUCCGAAGCCGAGCCGAAGGGGAGCAACUGCUACGAUCUCUUCAAAACCAUGCAGUCCUGCAUGCAGAAGUAUCCUACGUUGUACAACAAAGACUUGGGAGACGACGACGAUGAUAUAACGAGCGCGGCGAAGGAAUUGAGUUUAGAAUCAUCGGCGGAGAAUAAAGCACUGAUGACGGAUGGGAAACAAGAAAAAGUUAAAGAGAAAUAGUAGUUUGAAACGCGAUUAGAUGAGUGUAGACAAAUAAAUUUGAAUGAAAGUAACUGUAACUUGGGGAGGCUUAAUUUAACUAUGAGUAUUUAUGUCUUAUUAUGUUUUCUAAAAUGCGUACGAUUCGAAAUUCACUACAUUAUGUUACAAAUAUAUAGAAAAC